CGGUCACUCCCUGGAGAUGUUAUUAUCGUCCGCUGCUGCUGCCCUCUACACUACACUGCGACGUCGGAAAUACCGCCCCGUCUACCACCAGAUCACCACCACACUGUACUCACCCGCCACACAAGGCUGUGCUUCUAGUAACUGGGGGAAGAAAAACCCGUCAAAUGCAGGAACAACCAUGGAACAGGGAGACUUUAAUAUAGACUGUAGUGACGAAGAAGUCCAAAAGGAAUUUACGAAGACUGUGUAUGGUAUUGAGCCGAGUCCCUCUGAGAUUAUUAGACUUUAUGAGGCCCUCGCAAAGGAUGGAAAUCUCUCUAUAAAAUGGAAGUGGGGUUUGGGCAGACGCCUUCCUACACCAUCCCAAAGUGAUUCCGAGAGUGAGAAGGAAGAGUUGGCUGAAAAAGUUGACACUUCAGGAUUUGACUUUGAUGAUGAACCUGCCUCUGUGAGAUUCACACCUCGCCGUACCCCAGGCAGUGCUGGACCAAAGGGCAGUGCAAAGAAGAAGACCACAAAUUUUGAAAACAUUCUGGCAAGUGUUAGAAGACAAAAGAAACUUGAAUUACGUGAAAAGAGCAAAAGUCGAAGAGACAGGAAGUAGAUUGUAAGAUAGUUGUUGUUAAGUCAAGAUGGGUACAAAACUAUUAUCUAAGUGUGUAAGAAGUGUAUAAACAUAUGAAAAAGCGAUACUAACUAGGAAUUCAAAUUGAUUGGACACUUUGGACAAAAUUGAUGUGUAUAUUGUUUAGUAAAGUUGGAAGUGUACAAUAGUGUAUCUUAGGAAACCUUUCACAAAAGCUCCAGUAUUUACAAGAGCAGAAAAACUGUUAGGGGGGUUAUAUAUAAAACUGUUUUCUAGUUCAUUUUUUAGAUUAUCCCAAAGAUGCAUUUUGUAGCCAAAAAAAUGUAUAUUUACAUUGGAAUAAAAUGAUAAAAAAACACAAA